GUUCAAGAUCAUUUCCACAGGGAAUUUGUCAUGGUCAACUUCACAGUCGAAAGCGUAAAGGAGAGAGAUGAGCUUGUUGUUCAGAGUUAUUUCCACGGAUACAUAAUUGCGAUUGAGACGCUUCAGAAAGUGAUAGAAAGCGAGCCGCAGCCGUUGAGAAAUGACUCUAUCACCUAUUUUUUUACAUCGCGGCCAUUGUACGAAGGAAGAUGGAGAGCUGACCUGCCUGGCGACGUAGUUGACUAUGAAGCUACUUUCAAUACGUUUUGCAAUAAAACGAGGAGCGCUGCCGUUGUAAAUUAUAUCUCCAUGGAAAGCCAUGAACAUACUGUGGCAGCAACUGCCUGGGUAUUUGGACAGAAAAAGUACAAGAGUUACACCUACAGAGAUUACAAGAGCAUGAAUUUGACGUUUUCGCACUGCGAAAAAACAGCUGGCUAAGAAAAAUGCUUGCGAAUAAGUUCAUCAGAAAUCAAAGAAUGAAAUGACAUGGCGCAGUGAAGAAGAUCAAGCAAAGAAGCUGUUCGGAAUAAACAUGAUUCAAUAAAGUUGGUGUUCUUAUUCAUA